AGCCGCGGGGCAGCUGAGCCAGACCUUCCUGCGCUGGUCACGGACUGUUCAUUCCUCUCUCUCGCUCAGCCGCUGGGCCAGAACAUGCCCAGGUGGUCAUGGUCGUGGUGGCUCCUCUUGGCGACCGAGCUCACGCGAGUGUGUGGCGCCACUGUGAGCCUCACCGCCCCUCUGAUGGUGAAACUUGAGAAUGGUGACUCCAGAAAUGUCACCAUCACGCUGGGGGCUCCUCUGGACGUCACCUCGGUGGUAACGCUGGACGUCCUCUAUGUUUCCAAAAACAAAACCAUCCUCGAGUUUCCUGAUGAAGUCAUGGUGCUGGCGGGGCAGAAGUCUUCCUUCUUCUCUGUGACCGGGCGAGAUGUGGGCCAAGUGACUCUGGGUCUGAGCUUGAACUGCUCCAACCAGACCAGGACAGCCGUCCACUUCCUGGUGUUCCGCAGCUGCGUUCUGGAGUGGCUUAACCAGGUCAUUGGAUGGAUCUACUUUGUUGCCUGGUCUGUCUCGUUCUACCCGCAGGUGUUUGAAAACUGGAGACGCAAGAGCGUGGUCGGCCUGAGCUUUGACUUCAUCGCCCUGAACCUCACGGGCUUCGUAGCGUACGCCGUGUUCAACGUCGGCCUCUUUUGGGUGCCUUCCAUCAAGGAGCAGUUUCUCCACGAACACCCCACUGGCGUGAACCCCGUGGACAGCAAUGACGUCUUCUUCAGCCUUCACGCUGUGGUCCUCACCCUGGUGGUCAUCGGGCAGUGUUGUCUGUACGAGAGAGGCGACCAGACAGUGUCCCGGGCCUCCACGGGCUUUCUGGUGCUGUCCUGGCUCUUUGCCCUUGUCAUGAUGCUCGUGGCCGUUGCGGGGGCCAUCAGCUGGUUGCAGUUCCUCUUCUGUUUCUCCUACAUCAAACUCGCGGUCACGCUGAUCAAGUACUUUCCACAGGCGUGCCUGAACUUUCGCCGGAAGAGCACGGAGGGCUGGAGCAUUGGCAACGUGCUCCUGGAUUUCACGGGAGGCUUCUUCAGCCUUCUCCAAAUGUUCAUCCAGUCCUACAACAACGAUGAGUGGACCCUGAUCUUUGGAGACCCCACCAAGUUUGGCCUCGGAAUGUUCUCCAUCAUCUUUGACAUCAUUUUCAUCAUCCAGCACUACUGCUUAUAUAGACAGCCAGGGUACGAGCAGCUCACCUAGCUCUGUCGGACAGCCCCACCAAUCCCGUAGGCUGAGGAGCCACGGCCGGUCCUUUGUCGGCUCUGCUGUCCGGAUAGCGGGAACCUCAUCAUCCGAGCCACGGCCCUGACGGAUGGCGAUCCUGCCUCUGCCUGCCGGACACGCUCGCUUACUUGCUGGCUCGCGGGGGGCCUCGGCCCCACUCUCACGUCUUAAGCCAAUUGUCCGCUGAGAUUAAAACCCACUGAUCUGGCUCGAGACGUGUGCGCCCAGGAGGACGGGAUUGGUGUCUGUCUGGGGUCCCUCCUCCCCCCAGGCCUCCCGGCUCCUCCCAGCGGCCGGCGCAGAGGCCGCUUUCUCCCAGGAUGCCGCCACUUCCCUGGUGCUCAGGAGUGUCUUUCUUUCUGUUUUGUGUCUUCAAGGCUCCUGCCACCCUUCACAGGUUCUGAGGCGCGUCUCUAGUAGCAUCGUGCCAGAGGAGGGAGGAGGGAACAGGGAGCACAGCCAUCCUGGCGCCUGCUGUCUGUCUGUCUGUUGCUGCUCUGUCCAAGCAUCCCAGCCCGAGGCUUCUGCCAGGAAGGGCCCCGCUCCUUCCUAGCGUGCAUGCCGACGCUGUUUCCUCAGGUUCCCUGACCCAGGCCCCUGCUGGCCCCUGCCCGGAAGCUGCUAACCAUGCGGGGCCUGGCCUGAGGCACAGUCCCGCAGCUUUUUGGGGGGAGGGGGCGGUCUUACCGAGCUUUACUCAGCUGCCUCCCCAUGACCACACUCCCAAAAGCAGGUUUUUUGAGGGGUGGGGAACCUCGGGCUCCACAGACACACGCAUGCACACCACACACACACACACACGACACAUGCACACACAGACAUCCACAUACCAUGUACACACCCCCAUCCAGCCCAUGAGCCUCCCCUCCCUUCCCCUCCUGCCUACCCCUCCAUUCCCUGCCUGCCUACCCCUCUAUUCCCUGCCUGCCUACCCCUCUGUCCUUCCUGCUCUAUGUGGGUGUGGGGCUGUAUCCUUCCUGGGCCCUGGGCAGCCACCAGCCCCAGGCCUCCAAGGCUCUCUGCGGUCUCCCCCCACCCCUCUCCUGCUUCUGCUCCAGGAAGCCCUGCAAUGAUGGUGGUGGUUUGUGGACAUGAUUUUUUUCUACUUCCUAUGUAUUUUAUUUUUAAAAGAUCAAUGUAAGAAAUCGAGAGUUUUAAAUUAAAACUAACAGUUAAUUUUCCAUACUAUUGCCCAAUGACCUCGUUUUAACAGUCUGAUUAACCCUUGUCACCAGCAUCUGGACCCUUUGCUCCCCACCCCCAUUAACAGGUGAAGAAAGUCCCACGCGCCCCUAGCAGAGACCUCCGCGGUGGCCACUUUGUUAAAAAAGAAAACAGAUUACUAAGCUCUCCUCAUCAGAAUUGGGUCACCUGCUCUGGACGAAGGUUUUUUUGUGAUUUCCAGUUUUAAGAUUCUGAUUUCACCCGGCACACGGCAGGAACCCAGGCCUUGAGGCCGCGGCUCUGACCAUUUUCUCUCCCCGGCUUGUCCAACCCCAGCAGCACCCCAAACCCUGAUGUCAGAUAAAAAAUGUCUCACUUGUGAAUGAGGAAAAA